AUCGUCAAUACUUUAUUCUAGACACCCCGCAAUCCCUACAGUGCAUAGAUACUUCCUAAACUACCUGAUUAACUUAACCUCGUGGUCUUAUCGCCAGUAAGAUUGCCUUCAACCCCACCGGCAGCGCCUUCAAGAUGUCCAACUUGAAUAAUUAUAUCAACAAGAAGGUCCUGAUAAUUACAGCCGACUCUCGAACCUUGGUGGGGAAUCUAUUGAGCUGUGACCAGAUGACCAACUUGGUCCUUGGUCAAACCGUCGAGCGCGUCAUCCGAACACCCGACGAUACGGAACCGUCUACCGAAGUCCCCUUGGGCCUUUACCUUGUCCGGGGAGACAAUGUCUGCGUGGUUGGAUUGGUAGACGAGUCUCUUGACGAUAGCAUCAACUGGCAACAGGUAAAGGGUUCGGCAAUUGGUGGUAUUAAACACAUAUAGGGGGGCGGCGGCGGCGGAUCAUGCCCUGAAACACAUGCUCUUGAUACCUUAAGAUUGCACUUCUGGCGUUGGGGAGAAAAUAAUA